ACGCUCGUACGGCGGCCGCAGCGGCAGGGCGGGGCCGCGGAGGAGCCGGUGGCGCCGGAGGACGCCCCCGGGACCGCGACGCGCUCCCCUCGGGGUCUCUGGCAGACGUCGCCAAGGUACCGGGGGCCCGAGGGCAUUCGCACGCAGCCAUGGGCGGCGUCGGGGAGCCCGGCGAGGGGCCCGCGCCUCCGGGGGCGCCGCUGCCCACCUUCCGCUGGGAGCAGAUCCGCCAGCACAACCUGCCGGGCGACAAGUGGCUGGUCAUCGAGCGUCGCGUCUACGACAUCAGCCGCUGGGCACAGCGGCACCCCGGGGGCAGCCGCCUCAUUGGCCACCACGGUGCUGAGGACGCCACGGAUGCCUUCCGCGCCUUCCACCAGGACCUCAAUUUUGUGCGCAAGUUCCUGCAGCCCCUGUUGAUUGGAGAGCUGGCCCCAGAGGAGCCCAGCCAGGAUGGACCCCAGGACGCCCAGCUGGUGGAGGACUUCCGCGCCCUACGCCAGGCGGCCGAGGACAUGGAGCUGUUUGAGGCCAAGCCCGCCUUCUUCGCUCUCCUGCUGGGCCACAUCCUGGCCAUGGAGGUGCUCGCUUGGCUUCUCGUCUACCUCUUCGGCCCGGGCUGGGUGCCCAGCACCCUUGCCGCCCUUGUCCUGGCCACCUCCCAGGCUCAGUGCUGGUGUCUGCAGCAUGACCUGGGCCACACGUCGGUCUUCAGGAAGUCCCAGUGGAACCACGUGGCCCAGCAGUUUGUGAUGGGGCAGCUGAAGGGCUUCUCGGCCCACUGGUGGAACUUCCGCCACUUCCAGCACCAUGCCAAGCCCAACAUCUUCCACAAAGACCCAGAUGUGACCGUGGCGCCCGUCUUCCUCCUGGGGGAGUCGUCCGUUGAGUACGGCAAAAAGAAGCGCCGGUACCUGCCCUACCAUCGCCAGCACCUGUACUUCUUCCUGAUCGGCCCACCGCUGCUCACCCUGGUGAACUUCGAGGUGGAAAAUCUGGCCUACAUGCUGGUGUGCAUGCAGUGGACGGACCUGCUGUGGGCCGCCAGCUUCUACUCCCGCUUCUUCCUAUGCUACGCCCCCUUCUACGGCCUCCCUGGGGCCCUGCUCCUCUUCGUUGCUGUCAGGGUCCUGGAGAGCCACUGGUUCGUGUGGAUCACGCAGAUGAAUCACAUCCCCAAGGAGAUUGGCCAUGAGAAGCACCGGGACUGGGCCAGCUCUCAGCUGGCGGCCACCUGCAACGUGGAGCCCUCGCUCUUCAUUGACUGGUUCAGCGGCCACCUCAACUUCCAGAUCGAGCACCACCUCUUCCCCACGAUGCCGAGGCACAACUACCGCAGGGUGGCCCCGCUGGUCAAGGCACUGUGUGCCAAGCACGGCCUCAACUACGAGGUGAAGCCCUUCCUGACAGCCCUGGUGGACAUCGUUGGGUCACUGAAGAAGUCUGGCGACGUCUGGCUGGAAGCCUACCUCCACCAGUGAGGGCAGCACCCCGGGCCCGGCUGCCACCAAGCUGGUCCAGGCAGACUUGCCCCAUCCGCCCCCCUCCCCACCUGGCCUAGGGGGCCCUGCCCACCCUUCUGGAUCUGCUGUCCUCACCUCAGCCCCCUCACCUGUGUGCUUGGCAGCCCUAAGGCCAUGGCUCUUGGCCAAACAGGACCAGGGCUAGGGGGAUGGUACAUAAAGCCACACAGCAUGGCAUGUUUUCCUAGAGCAAAAAUUUAGGGAAAACUGUUAUUUUUAUAUAAAAACAAACCCAGAUA